AUGGCCACACGGGAUGCUAGCCAUGCUGGAUCCUGGUACGAUGAUGAUGAGAAGGAGUUGUCAUCGCAGCUCGACGGGUUCCUAAGCCGUGUGCCUGACCAGCUGGAUGACCAUGGUCUCCCUGUGCCUGGUGCCCGAGUGAUCAUAGCUCCCCAUGCCGGCUAUUCAUAUUCUGGGCCUUGCGCAGCCUGGGCCUACAAGGCUCUCGACCUCAGAGCGGCGAAACGGGUCUUCAUUCUCGGACCGUCCCACACAUAUUAUCUUCGCGGAUGCGCGUUAACCACAUUCAGCAAAUAUGCAACACCCUUUGGGGACCUCGUGGUGGAUAGGAACACGGUAAACGAGCUGAGGGAAACGGGCAAGUUCACCGACAUACCCGCCCGCCGAGACGUCGAUGAACAUUCUCUGGAAAUGCACGUUCCGUUCCUCUGGAAGAGACUUCAGCAGACCUUCGGAGACGACAGCACAAAGUACCCGCCCAUAGUUCCGAUACUCGUGGGCGAUGGAUCUGCCGAAGAAGAAAAUGCCUUUGGAAAGUUGCUGUCCUCGUACCUGAAGGACCCCACCACAGCCUGGAUCGUCUCGUCCGAUUUCUGUCACUGGGGAUCCCGAUUCAGCUACCGACCUCAUUUUUCUGACGGUGCGAUUCGUGACAUGGACGCGCCACGGUCCAAGGGUGUGCGGCACGAAGUCCUGAACGUCACCCCGCCAGAUUGGAGCAAACUCGGCAUCAGUUCUGGAGAGCCUGAGAUCCACGAUGUCAUCAAAGUGCUGGACCAGUUGGCCAUGGAUGCCGUGGAGUCUGGUGAGCAUAGUGAGUUCUACAAGGUGGUUCAGGAUAGCCACAACACUGUCUGCGGCAGGCAUCCAAUUGGUGUAAUCAUGGCAGCCUUGGAAGCCGUCGAUGGAAAAGGAAAGUUCAAAUUUGUGCAGUACCAGAGAAGCAAUUUGGUGAAGAAGAGCUUCGACUUCAGUGUCAGCUAUGCCUCUGCUUAUGCAGUAGUCUGACUUGACGUUGAGAAAGGGGGCACCGGUUCUUGGCUGGGCAUGGUUUGGGGUGCUUUACAGAGCGGCGGGAAGUAGUUUGGUGGUUUAAUCAGCUAGAUGUUUGCAGCUACUGACAGAGGCAUGUUUCGUAAAUUGAGAUUCGGUCUGUACGCCAGAAGAUGCUUGUGAUGUUGCAGCAACCCGAAAAGGUGCCGAUAGAAGAGGCCCAAACUCGGCCGCCCUGGCCACG